GAUUAUAGUUUUACAAUUGCCUACAUACACGUAACCAUGAAUGCGUUAAAAACAGUGAUCCUUUUCACUGCUUUGCUUCAAAGCUUAAUUGAAGCUGUAAUUGUUUAUAAUGGUAGCUCUACAGCCAAGGAUGAUUGGUGGAAAUAUGCAACAUUCUAUCAGGUUUAUCCUCGAUCCUUCAAAGACAGCGAUGGCGAUGGGUUGGGUGACAUAAAAGGUAUUACUAGUCAAUUGCAAUAUCUGGUAGAUGCAGGGGUCAAUGCUGCAUGGUUUUCGCCAAUUUUCAUAUCUCCUGGGAUCGAUGCUGGUUAUGAUAUUAGCGAUUUUCGAGAUAUUGAUCCAAAUUUCGGAACUAUGAGCGAUUUUGAUGAGCUUCUUGACCAAGCCCAUCAACUUGGCCUAAAAAUUAUUUUGGACUUUGUUCCAAAUCAUACCAGCGAUCAACACGCUUGGUUCCAGUUGUCCAAAAAUAGAACUGCGGGAUACGAGGACUAUUACGUUUGGAUGGACGGCGCCAAUUCAACAACACCGCCUAACAACUGGAGGGGUAUGUUCGGAAGUUCUGCCUGGACUUUUGUGCCUGAGAGGGGUCAAUAUUAUUACCAUCUGUUUACUGCCCAACAACCUGAAUUAAACUUCAGAAACCCUAGGGUUGUCCAAGAAAUGAAAGACAUACUGACCUUUUGGUUAGAUAAGGGCAUAGAUGGGUUCAGAGCUGACGCAGUACCAUAUAUAUUCGAAACAUUUCCAACAGAUCCUGGCACUCCUGAAACCUACAACCCUAAUGCUCAACGUAGUGCAAUUCAGGAUCAACCGGAAUCGUUGGAUAUGGUUUAUCAGUGGAGAGCAGUUCUUGACGAUUACAACCGACGGAAUGGAGGAAACACCAGGGUGUUUAUCACAGAAGGAUAUACAAAUAUAACCGCCACUAUGCCAUAUUAUGGUAAUGACACAGUUGAUGGGGCUCAUUUUACUUUCAAUUUCUUUCUUAUAACCAAUACUACAUCCAACAGUACGGCUAGUGAGGUCGUAAGGGUAAUAACGGCAUGGUUUCAAAAUAUGCCAAGCAGAUAUGUAGCUAAUUGGGUGUUGGGAAAUCACGAUAGGCCUAGGGUUGCCACUCGUCUUGGAGUUGAAAAUGUGGAUGGAUACAAUAUGUUGAUAAGUCUUCUGCCAGGUGUAGUAAACAGUUAUUACGGAGAAGAAAUUGGAAUGGAAAAUGGAGUAGUAACAUGGGAACAAGGACAAGAUCCAAGAGCAUGUGGCGGACCCAGAGAAAAUUUCUUGACCGAAGGAAGAGAUUUUGAGAGGACUCCAUUCCAUUGGAACUCUAGUGUUAAUGCAGGAUUUAGCACAGCGAAUAGUACUUGGUUGCCUGUCAGUGCAAAAUAUAUAACAAACAAUCUUGAACUACAAAGCAGAGACGGAGUAAAAAGUCACUUUCAUGUCUACCAAGGUCUAAUGAAAUUGAGGCAAGAAGACACUAUCAUUUUUGGAAAUUUGAACAUAGAGGCUUUAGACACUUACGUUUUUGCAUUUACGAGAGAAUUGGCUGGUAACGACACAUAUGUCUUUUUAUUUAACAAGGGAAAUUAUUCUUCAACAGUGUCACUAUCUUCGUUUACGUCUCUCUCUAAUGACAUUAGAGUAGUUUUAUCCAGUACCGACUCUUUCAGAAACGAAGGAGAUUUUCUGCCGAAAAGUCGCAUAUACCUGGAUGCCCACGAAGCAAUAGUAGCAAAAUCACGACCAAAUAAUUUAAUACACUGUUAAAAAUAAUUGUAAAUUUACCUACUGGUUUUGAACAAAAUAAUAACUUUGGCUAUUAUUGGAUGAUAUUUUCCAUAUAAAUUCUAAAAAGUUUGCGAUUUUAUAGCAUUAGUCAAGUAUAAAUAGUAAUUUUACAAAUUCACCAUUAUUGGCAAUUCACCAGACCGCAUCAUUUGUAGUUGUUACUAAACAAUUAUUUACAAACAUUACAAAAAUGUUUUGUAAUAAUCAUUAAAUACUUUGGGAAUAGGUUGUAAUACAAUAUUGAUGUUGUUAUAGUGCAAUGCGACUGAUUUGGUUUUGUAAAAUUACCGCAAACUUUUUACAGUUUUACAGGAGCAUUUAUAUUUUUCUGUUAAUAACAAUGUAACAUUGAUUUUCCUAAUUAAAUUACUGUUAUAUUACUCCAUUAAAUUUGUUAUAUGUGAUAUAAUUUAUGAAAAAUAUAUAGCAAUACGCUUUAGUUUCCA